UAGAACGACGUCAAGAGAAAUUUUUUACAAUACAAAUUGCAGUUUUACGAACUUCAAAUAAAUUUACAUUGAAAUAUUCCAUAAUUUAACAAUAGGCUAAGCCAAAGCAAAGACCGCACAUUGGAGAAACACAAAUCAUAGGCUUCGGACAACAAAGACAAAAGUCGAAUGCAACUUGCAUCAAUCCGCUGUGUUUGUGUUGUUUUCACACAUUUUCGCUGGGCAGCUGUGACCUAGCUGUAAAUUGCAAUUACGAUAGCAACAACAAGGAAACACAAUUCGAUUGUUUCAUUUCAAGGAACAGCAAACGGGUCAAAAAUUAUUUAACGAAAAUGUCCUCGUCGACGGCGUCCGGGUCGGCCGCCCGCAAACAGCCCACGGCCGUGUCUCGCAUGAAACAGGAUUACAUGCGCUUAAAGCGCGACCCGUUGCCGUACAUCACCGCUGAGCCGCUGCCAAAUAACAUUCUGGAAUGGCACUAUUGUGUCAAAGGGCCCGAGGACUCACCAUAUUAUGGCGGAUACUAUCACGGCACGCUGCUCUUUCCAAGAGAGUUUCCUUUUAAGCCACCAUCAAUUUAUAUGCUAACGCCGAAUGGACGCUUCAAAACAAAUACUAGACUGUGUUUAAGCAUUUCAGACUUUCAUCCUGACACAUGGAAUCCGACUUGGUGUGUGGGCACUAUACUCACAGGUCUGCUGAGUUUUAUGCUAGAGAGUACACCCACACUGGGCUCCAUAGAGUCGUCGAGCUAUGACAAGCAAAUGUUUGCCCAGAAAUCGCUUGCAUUUAACCUGCGCAAUGCCAACUUCUGUGAGCUGUUUCCGGACAUUGUCAACGAGAUAAAGUUACGUUUACAGAGCACCCAGGCAGCAGCUACCGCUGGUAAGCCGGGCACCAGCUCUUCUUCGCGCGCGAAUGGUUUGGCUAACGGCAGUGCCGUUGCCAUUGAUAAACGUAACAAAAAUGCCAGUAGUGCCAAUGGGCAACUGCCAUUGCCAACGGAUGGUAGCCCCAGUGACGGGCUGGCGGUAGGUACUGCUGCAAGUGCGGAUGUCGGCAGUGGUGGUGCCGCUGCGCUCAAGAACAGCGCACGGAAUUCCUAUUUAAAUUGGCAGUCGAUCUAUUCGAACCUGGUGAUUAUAAUCUGUUUUGCAAUAUUUGCACUCAUUGUUAAUUACGUGAUCAAGAACCUGAAUCAGGAAUAGACUUAAAUUACACGUUUUGCUCUGCUCGCAGUUGUCGUGUUCCAUACAUUUAAACGAUUGAAUCCAACUUACCCUCCCCCUUCUGCCCCGCCCACGAAGAGCUCAAAAGAAAAUUGUGCACAGCUUGAAAAGUAUUUGCCGACACUGCUUACCCAGAACGCCGUUCCCGACCUCCAUCGAAGUUAGUCUGAAAACAUUGGCAAUAACGCAUAAAAUUUUUAAAUUUCAACUUAUUUGAUAAAUUGUUUUGUUAUGUAUUCAUUAAUAAUAAACUAGCCUAUAGUUGAUAAAUGAAAUGAUAAAAACAUUCAAUCGGAAUAUGUAAAUUAAUAAAAA